UGGAAGUUGGCAGGUGGAAAGGCAGGUUGGGAGGGGAAGUCGGGGAAGGAGGCGGAAGAGGAGCUGUCUGAAAGGGGAGGAGGGAGGGAGGAAAAGAGGAGGAGGCGGAGGAGAAUUGAGCUGAGCAGAGCAUCGAGCCAAAGGGGAGAUGAGUUUGUCUGUCCUCGGCUAAGGCUCCGGCCGGGCCUAGGGAACUGGGAGCUUGGGCUGGAGCGACACCCGUGGAAGUGGGAGGAGGUGGCUCUGGGACUUUAACCCCUUGUGGGCUCUGCGGCAGGGGAUUUAACCCUUUGUGGAUUCGGCCCCUCGGAGAAAGCGUCAUCGGGUAGUUUUAACCCCUUCGGGGCUGAACUUAACCCGUUGGACUUAAUCUCAUCUUCUUGCCCAACUCCUCGAUCGUGGGGGCAUUCGGCGGGGAGGUCUGAAGCCCACCCAGUCCGCACGUUACGUACUGUUCCUGCCGCUGCACCCCUCGGACCCGCUAGCUGGCCGCGCUGUGGGCGCUUAACCCUUUACUGACUUGAGCUCCCAAGUUGGGAUUGGAGUUUGCUGACAGAAGGACUGGCUAAAGGCGUCACUGCAGAAAUUACAGACCGAAGAGAACUAUUGGACAUAUUUUAAAAGAAAAGAUAAACCUCUUUUUCCCCUUAAGGACUUACAGACAAAAUUCCUCAAACUUCGCGGACUCUUCUAGUCAUGGCCGAACCACUCUUGUCAGAAUAUCAACACCAGCCUCAAACUAGCAACUGUACAGGUGCUGCUGUUGUCCAUGAAGAACGGAACCCUGAGAGCCCCCCAGGCGCGGAGGAGCGGGUGCCCUCGGAGGACGGUAGGUGGCAAUCGAGAGCGUCCCCCCAGUCGGGUGGCCGGCCGGGGCCAGAGGGGGAAGGGAGUCUGGAGCCCCAUCCUCCUCCCCUGCAGACCCAGGCCUGUCCAGAAUCAAGCUUCCUGGAAGUGGGCGAGAAGGGCCAAAAUGGGGACGACAUGUCCGCUGGCGGAGUCUCCUCACCGCCGGGAGGAGAACCGAUGUCCGAGGCGCUUGCCCAGCCGUGUCAUGACAACGAGGCCAACAAGUUGGGGGCUUCUGCCGUUGGGGGAGAGGAGGCGUGGGGACAACAGCAGAGACAGCUAGGCAAGAAGAAACACAGGAGACGCCCCUCCAAGAAAAAGCGGCAUUGGAAACCGUACUACAAGCUGACCUGGGAAGAGAAGAAAAAGUUCGAUGAGAAGCAGAGCCUGCGAGCUUCCAGGAUUCGAGCUGAGAUGUUCGCCAAGGGCCAGCCGGUCGCGCCCUAUAAUACCACGCAGUUCCUUAUGGAUGACCACGACCAGGAGGAGCCAGAUCUCAAAACCGGGCUCUACCCCAAACGAACCGCCGCCAAAUCCGACGACACUAGCGAUGAGGACUUUAUGGAAGAAGCCGGUGAAGAGGACGGGGGUAGCGACGGGAUGGGAGGGGACGGCAGCGAGUUUCUGCAGCGGGACUUCUCGGAGACGUACGAGCGGUACCAUGCGGAGAGCCUGCAGAAUAUGAGUAAGCAGGAGCUCAUCAAAGAGUACCUGGAGCUGGAGAAGUGCCUCUCGCGCAUGGAGGACGAGAACAACCGGCUGCGGCUGGAAAGCAAGCGGCUGGGUGACGACGCUCGUGUGCGGGAGCUGGAGCUGGAGCUGGACCGACUGCGCGCCGAGAACCUCCAGCUGCUGACCGAGAACGAACUGCACCGGCAGCAGGAGCGUGCGCCACUUUCCAAGUUUGGAGACUAGACUGAAACUUGCGGGGAGGGGGCAAAGGGGACUUUUUACAGAGCUGGAAUGUAACAUUAUAUACAUGUGUAUAUAAGACAGCGGACCUUUUUAUGACACAUAAUCAGAAGAGAAAAUCCCCCCGGCUUUGGUUGGUUUGGUAAAUUUAGCUAUGAUGUAGCUUGCGUGCUUUCUCCUGUUCUUUAAUUAUGUGAAACUGGAGAGUUGCUUUUCUUGUUUUCCUUUUUAGAAGGAGUUUUUUUUUUAAUGUGUAAGUAAUUUGACCAAGUUAUAAUGCAUUUUUCUGUUUAAAAAAAUCCCCUCCUUAAGCGGAGCUACAAGGUGGCCAAAUCUGAGAACCAUUAAAUUCAUUCUAGUUAUAAUAAAUUUAAUAUUUGUAAAUGUAA